AUGGUGAAAGAAAAGAAAAAAGCAGACAAGAAAGGCGAUAAGUCGGCCCGGUCUCCGUCCUCCAAUUCGGAAAACCCAGAGGCUUUCAAAGAUGGCGCUGGGAAGCAAGAAGUACCUGCUGGUGCCCUCCCAGUAUUGGAAAUGCCACUCAAGCAGUUGGCUCCCAAAAGAGACUCUGCAAAUAUGUAUCAGAAUGAAGAUGAAACCCAGUAUGAAGAGCCCAUCCUGACAAAACUCAUUGUGGAAAGCUAUGAAGGAGAGAAAAUCCGAGGACUGUAUGAGGGAGAAGGCUUCGCUGUCUUUCAAGGUGGAAACACCUACCAUGGUAUGUUUUCAGAAGGGCUGAUGCAUGGACAAGGGACUUAUAUCUGGGCUGAUGGACUGAAAUAUGAGGGGGACUUUGUGAAGAAUAUCCCCAUGAACCAUGGCGUGUACACAUGGCCAGAUGGCAGCACAUACGAAGGAGAAGUGAUCAACGGCAUGAGGAAUGGAUUUGGUAUGUUCAAGUGUGGCACACAGCCUGUGUCCUACAUAGGCCACUGGUGUCACGGCAAGAGACAUGGGAAGGGCUCCAUCUAUUACAAUCAAGAGGGAACCUCUUGGUAUGAGGGAGACUGGGUAUACAACAUCAAAAAGGGCUGGGGAAUAAGAUGCUACAAGUCAGGAAACAUAUAUGAAGGCCAGUGGGAAAACAAUAUGCGUCAUGGGGAAGGCAGAAUGAGGUGGCUGACCACAAACGAGGAGUACACUGGCCACUGGGAGAAGGGGAUCCAGAACGGCUUUGGAACAUACACAUGGUUUCUAAAGAGAAUCCCCAACUCUCAGUAUCCUUUGAGAAACGAAUACAUAGGAGCAUUUGUAAACGGAUUCCGUCACGGACAUGGGAAGUUUUACUAUGCCAGUGGAGCAAUGUAUGAGGGAGAAUGGGUUUCCAACAAAAAGCAUGGCAGGGGCAAGAUAACUUUCAAGAACGGACGAGUGUAUGAAGGUCUGUUUUCCAAUGACCACAUUGCACAGUACCUUGAAAAUGAAAUCGAUUACACACGCAGCCUGGACCGUCGGUCAGGUCUUCCCCCAUAUUUGCUUCAUUCAUUAGAGACCCUGCGAAAGUUGGACGGCAGCAAAAGCCAUUCUGUGUUAGGAUCCAGUAUUGAACUGGACUUAAAUUUGUUACUGGACAUGUACCCUGAGGAAACCCAAGAAGAAGAAAAGAAGCAGGUGGAAUACGCAGUCCUGAGGAACAUUUCAGAGUUAAGGAGAAUCUACUGCUUCUACAGCGGCCUCGGGUGUGACCACUCUCUGGAUAACACCUUUCUCAUGACCAAGCUUCACUUCUGGAGAUUUCUGAAAGACUGUAGGUUUCACCAUCACAAUAUCACCCUUGCAGAUAUGGACAGGGUGCUAAGUGUCUAUAAUGGCAUACCAAUCGAAGAAAUCCACUCUCCAUUCAGAACUAUACUCUUAAGAACAUUCCUCAAUUACCUCCUCCAGUUGGCUCACCACAUCCAUCACAAAGAGUUCCAGAACAGAAGCCCAUCACUCUUUUUGUGUUUUACAAAACUGAUGACUGAGAACAUUCAUCCACAUGCCUGCCAGGUAAAAGGUCAUUUAUUCAGUGAGCAACAGCGGACGCUCUACUCAAUGAAUUAUAUCGAUAAGUGUUGGGAGAUUUACACGACCUACUGCAGACAAAACGAAGCCCCGCCCUAUGAGCUAACAAUGAAGAUGAGGUAUUUCCUCUGGAUGCUGAAAGACUUUAGGAUGAUAAACAAGGACUUAACCGCGACCAAAUUUAUGACUGUGAUAGCAGAGGACAACCCUUUUGUGUAUGACGGAACUGACAGCAACUUUGAACUUGAGCUGGUUUUCCUGGAAUUCUUUGAAGCUCUCUUAUGCUUCUCACUCUGCUGCAUUUUUGACCGGAUGACUAGAUCCUAUUUAAAAGUUCCAUAUGAUGAUGCUACUGGAAACCGAUACGGCAGCAUUCACACAAUACUCAACCAGGAAAGGCAAAGAAAGAGCCCAAGUGCGAUCACGAGCCAUGAUUCCGAAGUCCACUUCAGCAGCACCAAGUCGUCUUCUGACAAGACAGGAGUUUUGCCUGACAGUAAAAUCAAGAAGACAGAGCCCAAGCUCAAGAAAUCCCUAAGUGAGGACAAAGACAAAGACUCCAAAAUGAACCUCAAGAACCAAGGAAGAGGGCUGGUGUUUAUGUCCCCGCAGGAGAAAUAUGAAAAACCCAAAGAUGAACAGAAAGAGAAACUCAACAUAUGGGUGAACAACCUCUAUGUCUUCUUUGUGAGUGUGCUUUUCAGCGCCUACAAACGUGAGGAGAUGCUCAAGGGGAAGAUAAAGGAGAACCGGCUGGAGCAAGCAGCACUGGCUCAGCAGAGGCAGAUAGAGGAUGAAGAGCUGGAAGCCAGGCUGAACAUCCUACGGGAAGAAGAGGCCAAGAGACAAGACUUCGAUAUUGACAUCACUGUGUUAAAGGAGCCAUUGGAAGCUCCAUCUUCGCUACCACUCACACCCAGCCCUCCUAAAGAGGACUUAGUUUCCACCCAGACCAGCAAGACCAGCCCUGGCAAGAAGAAGAAGAAGUAAAGGUACUGGGAGUCAAGGCUGAGCUGCAAGGA